UAUUGUUUUCAAAAGCUUUGGUAUGGAGGUCUGAUAAACUCGUGUGGACUCUGGCUGUGCUCAGUGGUUGCUGGUUGCCGCUGCAUCACGGAAUUACGGACACAGAUGCAGGUUGAUGUGACCGCAAUUGCAGUCCUGAUGCAGAUACGGUAACUCCAAAACCCGUUGCUGCUGCAAUUGUGGUUGCAUUCUGCAAUUUGAAACCAUGCCUAAAAACCCUUUGUGUUUCUUGAAUGAAACAAUUGUUUCAGCCUUCAAAUAUGAAUGGUGAAUCUAAGGAAGCAGUAAUAGCAAAAGAGGCAAUUAAUUGCAGGAUGUUUCUGUCCUUGCAUUUUAUGUGUCUAUCUCCUUGUUCAUACUUAAGUUUAAUUAGGAUGAAAGAAGAGUGGGUCUGAAAAGAACCAACAAUGAGGUGGCUCACUGAGAUGCAAACUGUAAUACUAUAUUUCUAAAUUAUUGAAUCAUCAAAGUCAUGGUCAUCCUUGAUUGGCUGUUCUUUUCAGCUGGAAAAAGAUAAACAUACUUUUGAUAUAUUUAGACCGAAUUUCUUUUCCAUUUCAUUUUCACUCGCUCUUUCUUCUUUUCCAUUUCAUUUUCAGUCAAUUUUUCUUCAUAUUCAUAUCUCUCUUAUUUUUCCAUCAUUUCAUUUAUCACAUCUCUUUCUCAUAUAUUACUAUAUAUGUGGGUAAAUUUGGGGUGUUGAUGAAGUUUUUUUCCUUACUACUUUCCAUUUUGAUACUGACUGCCACUUUGUGACUUGUGAGCCUAACAAGGCUGCCACACAGAAAGGAUACGUGGACUAACAAUUGAGAUAUUGACGACCAGGGUUUGCCUUACAAUAGUUUUCUAUUGAAAGGACGUGAGGACUAAUAAAAGUCACAGAAAUUCUCACAAAGACACGGGUAUGUCUAAGAAUGGUCAAUGCCUGCACAAAAUCAUCACCAAGUUCGUUACUCAAGAUAUUGUGAAAAUCUUCAGCUACCAUAUACACCAAAGAGUGUACACACAUGAAAUGAAAGCUGACUGAUAAAGAAAAGACUCAAAAGAGAGAGAGAAAAGAAAGAAAGAUAUAAUCAGUGAUAAGAUGUGAAAAAAUUGAGGUGGGGAGGCGCUAAAAAGUACUAUUAGAGUAUAACAAAAUAAGGAUAUAUGGAAGCAUGGAACUACAGGGAUGUAAAGCCAUGAAAUAUUUUCCUCUUAUUUUUGUUCUUACUAAGAUUCUGUUGUUCUUUUCUUUUACCUCCAGUGCAGCUGACUCCAUAUCCCAAUCUCAAUCACUUUCUGAAGGCAAGACCUUAGUUUCUGCAGAUGGAAGCUUUGAAUUUGGUUUCUUCAGCCCAGGAAGUUCGGCAAACCGGUUCUUGGGAAUAUGGUACAAGGCAAUACCAGUUAAGACUGUUGUCUGGGUUGCCAACCGAUCCAACCCAGUGAAAGACAACUCUAGUAUGUUACAUAUCAACAGUGAGGGCAAUCCUGUGCUUGUUAACAACAAUGGAACUCUGAUUUGGUCAGCAGAGUCAAGAAAGAAGGCUCUCAAUCCCAUUGUUCAGCUCUUAAAUUCAGGGAAUUUAGUUUUGAGGGAUGAAAGAGAUGAAGAUCCUCAAAACUACUUGUGGCAGAGCUUUGAUUAUCCUUGUGGUACACUCUUACCAGGAAUGAAACUGGGUUGGGACUUGAAGACUGAUCUUGAUAGGCGUGUAUCGGCUUGGAAGAAUUGGGAUGAUCCAUCGCCUGGUGAUUUCAAAUGGGGUAUCUCACUUGAAGGUGUUCCUCAAGUAAUGAUGUGGAAGGGCUCACAAGAAUACUACCGUGGCGGUAUAUGGAAUGGCCUUGGAUUCAGUGGCGCGCCAGAACUGAAGAACAAUCCACUUUUUGAGUUUGAAUUUGUCUCCAACAAGGAUGAGGUGUACUACACAUACAGCCUCAGGAAUAAGUCUAUGAUUUCAAGGGUUGUUCUGAACCAAACCAGUUAUACUCGCCAGAGGUACAUAUGGAUCCAAGAGGCUAAAACUUGGAGAAUUUAUGCAUCAGUGCCUAGAGAUAACUGUGAUUUCUACAAUCUUUGUGGACCAUAUGGAAAUUGCAUCAUAGGCGACUCGCCAGUGUGCCAAUGUUUAACAGGGUUUAUGCCAAGAUCACAAAAAAAUUGGGACAAUAUGGACUGGACUGAAGGAUGUUUACUCACUCAACAAUGGAGCUGCAAGGAUAAGAGCCAAAAUGGGUUUUUGAAAUUUAGUGGGGUGAAAUAUCCAGAUACUUCUCAUUCUUGGGUCAAUGAGAGGAUGAAUACCAAUGAAUGCAGGGGUAAAUGCUUGGAGAACUGUUCCUGUAAAGCUUAUGCAAAUUCAGAUGUUCGAAAUGGAGGCAGUGGCUGCUUGUUGUGGUUUGGUGAUCUCAGGGAUAUUAGACAAUUUUCUGGUGGUGUUCAGGACCUGUAUAUUCGGACUAAAAUAUCAGAGUUAGGGGUGAAAAGGGAACAUAACAUUAAGGUGGUGGCAAUAAUCACCAUUGCAGCCGCUGUUUUUAUGGUGAUUCUGGGUUUGUUGUACUAUGUUUGCAAGAGGAUGAAGAAGUCCAGAGUUGAUGAAACAGAGGACACCUUGAGGGUACAGAAUAACGAAGAAAGCGAGAAUGAAGACUUGCAGCUUCCUUUCUUUGACCUUGCUGUGAUUGCCAAAGCAACUGAUGGCUUCUCAAUUAACAAUAAGCUUGGAGAAGGUGGAUUUGGAGUAGUAUACAGGGGUACCCUAGCAGAUGGACAAGAAAUUGCUGUGAAGAGGCUCUCACAAAGUUCUGGGCAAGGCUUCAAUGAAUUUAAGAAUGAAGUCAUAUUGAUUGCGAAACUUCAGCAUCGAAACCUGGUUAAGCUUCUUGGUUGUUGCAUUCAAGGAGAGGAGAAAAUGCUUAUCUAUGAAUACAUGCCCAACAAAAGCCUGGACUUCUUUAUCUUCGAUCAUGCAAAAGGUGAAGUUUUGGAUUGGCCUAAACGCUUCAACAUUAUAUGUGGAAUAUCCCGAGGACUUGUGUAUCUUCAUCAAGAUUCUAGGUUGAGAAUAAUACACAGAGACCUUAAAGCAAGUAAUGUCUUACUUGACAGUGAGUUGAACCCAAAAAUAUCCGAUUUUGGUUUGGCUAGAACUUUUGGAGGAAAUCAGACUGAAGGAAACACGAGGAGGGUGGUCGGGACAUAUGGUUAUAUGGCACCUGAAUACGCGAUUCAUGGCCUAUUCUCAGUAAAAUCUGAUGUCUUCAGCUUCGGUGUAAUAUUGCUGGAGAUAGUAACUGGAAAGAAGAACAGAGGGUUUUCUCAUUCAAGUAACAGUAUAGACCUUAUUGGACAUGCAUGGAGAUUUUGGAAAGAGAACAAACCCUUGGAUUUGAUCGAUCCGCGCAUGGAGAAAUAUUUAUCUGAUCUAUCAGAAGCAUUGCGUUGCAUCCAUAUCAGUCUUCUCUGUGUUCAACAACAUCCUGAGGAUAGGCCAAACAUGUCAACUGUGGUUGUGAUGUUGAGCAGCGAGAGUGCCUUGCCUCAACCCAAGGAACCUGCUUUCCUUAUUGACAAGUCCUUUCUUGAAGCUGAUUCCUCCACCAAGCAUCCAUCUUCUUCAACCAAUGAAAUAAGUGUUACCAUGUUAGAGCCCCGGUAGUGGAACAUUUUCUAUUCUGAACUAAUCUAUUAUGAACAUUGGCCGGAACAAGCGCAAUUAAAUUGUUUUAUAUCAAUUUUUCCUUUUCGA